AUGAGAGCAAUGCGUGUCAUGCUCGAAUGUGCGCCAUCACUCAGGCAAAGCAGCUCAAGACUGUGCGAGCAGCGCGGGAGACGGCGUCUAAUUGAUCCAAUCCAGGCACGCAAUCGAAGCAAACGCGGCAGAGAUUUGUCCAGGCAUGGCGGCGGCCGGUGGGGGCCUGGGCUGCCAGGACGCAGAGAGAAGGCCAACAAAAGGUCAUUGGCGUGGAUCAACAGCCCUAGGGGGAUGGCGCCGGACGACAGCCCCAAUCGGAAGAUACCAAGUCCAUCCACGUCGCUUGCCCGGCUAUCGCUCGCGGCGCAGUUCACGCUGCGAGACCCCCUUGACCAGGGACUCCUGGUCGACUCGGGGCUGUCCUCCACCAGACUACGCCGUCGCCUGGGCCCAAGCCACAACGCGACGCCUGUCAAUAAGGCUGCUGUAUAUGCUUGGAUCUAG